AUUAUCAGACUAGCCGUACUAUCAGUACAAAAGACAUAUCCUAGAAAAAUUAAUUAAUUCCGAGUAUAUUCGGGUCGUAUCAAUUAUCAAUAAUUUGAAAAUUUAGUUAGUAAUGAAUUUUUAGAAAUCUCAUAUGGUUUGAGGUAUUAAUUAAAGAAGAAAAUUGUUGAAUGGGGAGCAGAAAAAAAGAAAGAGGUGUUUAAUUGGGACAUACGUGACCAAAUUAAUAUUGAUUUCCUUGAGGAAAAAAUAAUUAAUCACACAAUUAAUUUGGGAGUGAUAGUGACCUAAAGUUGUAUAGUGUAAAAAUUACCAACACCACUAAUAAUUGAGUCAAUUAAAUAUUCGAUUUUUUAUUCCAAAAUAUCAAAAUGGACCCUUCACUUAACUCCUCACUUUAACAUAUUAACGUUAAAAUGGUCCACUAUAUAUACCCCUUCAUAUACUUUUUGUCUUACCAAUUCAAUUAGCAACAACAAUACACACACACAAAAAAAAUGGAUCAAAAUUUGGUAGUGGUAGGAAAGAAGUUUUGGAAAAUUGUUCGAGUGACGUUAUGCAUGUUAAGAAAAGGUAUAUCAAAGCAAAAAAUAAUGCUCGAUAUCAAAUUAAUGAUGAAGCGUAGCAAGAUUAGUAGUUACAAAGUCGUGAUCCAAAAUAUCAUGUUCCACCUUCACCACCACAACCAAAACCGCCGCACCGACCACGUCAAGAGUGGUAAUUUACCAUUUUGCCCUCCACGUGAGGAUGAGUAUUAUGAGUUUAGUUGCACUAGCAGCCCAAAGUUGGACAUGAAAAAACACACUACUAUUCAUGAAGAAGAUGUUGUGAUGAUGAAUGCGGAGGUAAUGGAAGCCGCAUUGGAGAUGAUUAAGGGUGAAACAACAUUAUCAGAUAAUUAUUUUUGUGGAUUUGGAAGACAGUUGAGAGUUACUGAUUCGCCUUUUUCGGUGGAAGAAAUGGAUAAUCAUGUAGAUGAGAAAGCUGAUGAGUUCAUAUCAAAGUUCUAUAGAAAUUUGAGACGACAAUCUUCAUUUUCUUCUACUUUAUAAUGUUGCAAAAAAUAUAUUUACAAACUAUGCAUGUUUUCUUGAUUUGUUAAAUCAAUCCUAUUAUGUUUUUUUUUUUUGGUUUUGUUGGAGAUGUACGUACAUGAAUAUUAGUACUCUAUGUACGUUUUCAAAGAUCACUAUUAAAAUAAAAGCAGAAUUUGAUGAUGAA